AUGGCUCGAUGGCUGCAAUUGAUUCGAGCUCUAACGUGGACUGUCCUGUUGACUUUAAUGGUGAGCAUAGCAUCGUUUAUACCAGAGAUGGCCUUCGUGUCAGCGGUAUCUCCGUCGUCGUCGUUCUCGCGAUCUUGCAAUGCCGAAGGAGUUGUGAGGAUUCCAUUGGACUUGCCAAGGGAGAAACUGUGCUUGCCUGCUUAUACGGUGAAGAGGUCCAGUGUGGAUUUCUUCGUUCCUACUGUUUUUGCAGGCCUUGUUGUUGCUGCUUCUGCAUGUGCUGUUCGAUCUCUGGGCUUAUGGGAAAAUGAAACAGCUUAAUAUAUGUUUGUAUU